UUCUUCGAAUUCUUCUAGUCUAGGGAAGGAUGUAGGGGGUGUGACAGGAGGCGGGGCAAGAACCCCAAGAGGUUAAAUAGGUCAUGUCCACACUUGACUCUUCACCUUGUCUCCCCAAGCAGACUCUUCCGGACUGCAUGCACCAUGUCGGCCUUGAAGGCGCUGCUCCUGGCUACUCUCCUCGGGGCUGCUCUGCAGGGCAGCCGUGCAGCAAGAGCCACCAACGUGGGCCAGGAGUGUUGCAUGGACUACUUCAAAGGAGCCAUUCCUGUCAAAAGGCUGCUGGGCUGGUACAAAACCUCAGAGGGCUGUCCCAAGGAAGCCAUUGUGUUUCUGACAAUCCAGGGCAGGGCCAUCUGCUCAGACCCCAAGGACAUGAGAGUGAAGAAGGCGAUCAGAUACUUGAAUUCACGCCGUAACCUCAGAGUCUAGGAGUCCUGGUUUCUCCUGGGGUCACCAGGAGACUCUUGGUGGAGGCAGUGGCAUUCACUCCCGUGCAGGAACCUCCACAAGGACCAAGAGGACUGGGCCUCACUCCUGAGCUGGAACCUGGGCAUGAAAGGCUUUGAGUCUCCCCUUGAUGGCUCAAGAGGGCGCCCAGUGUCUACAGAGCUGAACUUACAAGCAUGAGAUGCAGAGCUGGGUCCCUGACAUCACAUGUGUCAGAGUGAUGUUCUAGUUCUCCUUCCUAAUAAAUAUAGCUGUAAAUAAAAUUAAAG